AGCAGCAACAUGGAGGAAUCCUGUGGCAUAGAUGAGCCGGUUUCCAGGGAGGCGGCGUCUGUGGCAAAUGCUCUCUCUCUCCCAGCGGAGUCUUAUGGCAACGAUCCAGAUAUUGAGAUGGCCUGGGCUAUGAGAGCAAUGCAGCAUGCUGAAGUGAACGAUAAGCUGAUUUCAUCAGUUGACCGACAGUUCCUGAAACUCACAAAAGUGGAUGAUCAGAUCUACUCUGAAUUUCGGGAGCAUUUUGAGAAACUCAAAGUAGAUGUGUUGGACCCAGAAGAACUCAAAUCAGAAUCAGCUAAAGAGAAGUGGAGGCCAUUCUGCCUCAAGUUUGGCGAUAUUGUAGAAGACUACAACUACGGUACUUUGCUGUGACUGGAUUGUUCUCAGGGCUACACAGAGGAAAAUACAGUCUUUGCCCCCAGGAUACAGUUUUUUGCCAUUGAAAUUGCUCGGAAUCGAGAAGGCUAUAACAAAGCAGUUUAUAUCACCAUUCGUGACAAAGAAGGCAUGAAGGGAGCCAGUGGAGGAGAGCACGGAAGAAAGGAAGAAGCUGAUGGUCAGUAA